UUGGCUGCAAAAAUGGAAAUGAAUUUGGGUAUUCAAAAGAAUUGCGUGAAGAAUAUCGUUGAGUGGUCUGUUUGCGUUGCAAAUUGCGCGAGUCGUUGUUCCGCGAGGUUUCAAACAAUACUACUGGCAAACUUUCAAACGUAGAUUAAGGUCAUAGCGAAUCCCUGAUGCGACUAAUACUAUACGCUAAUUCAAUUAGAUUUCUCUCUCUCUCUCUUUCUCGACGAUUAGUCAGCUGAUUUUUCUUAACCCUCUAUAGUCUCAUAUGAUCUUGCAGUCACCCACCGAUAUAUAUUUACUUCUUUUCAUUUGACAACUCGUCGAAUAAGAAAGAGAGAAAGAGGAAGGAGGGAAAUUCGACAGGAAUUAAUGGUCGCAAGUGAUUCAAUCUCAUUCAAAUAUUAUCGCUUACAAAUGUAAAUGAGCAUUCUUAAAUGAUUAAAUUAUAUCGUUAAAUUAUUAUUAUAGCUAUCCCUUUGGAGUCGAGAAGAUUUGGAAGUUGGAAGUUUAUAAAACGAUUAUUGAUCGAUUUAAUCGAAAAUCGAAUUUUUAUUUCAGUCGAUGUCUCCUCGAUCGCGACUCGUUUCUUUCUAUAAGAAAAUUCGCGGGGACGAAUGUCGUCGGUUUUCGGUGAUUUGUCAUUAGUGUCUUCAAGAUAGUGGAAAAUUCUUAUGAAAAGAGAUUUUUGUGAGUCAUUUAAAAGGUUUGGCAAGAAAAGCCGGCGAUGUUACUCUUUACGAACGCAAAGGUCCUCCUCCUAUCGUUCGUUCGAUCUCGAUCCAAUCAAUUCAAAAUUACGAUCACAACGACGAGAAAGUCAACGUGAUCGUUUACGUCGGCCAAAAUUAGACCGAUAACUUUUCUAAUCUAUCUAUCUAAUUCUUAGAAUAACACUUUUCUCAUUUUUAUUUGCCAUCAAAGUUGUUAUUUUUGUCGUCAUCCUUUGAUCCUUUGAUCAUUCUAAUCAUCAUCGGCAUGGAAGUACCUAAUUUCUCGGAUCUAGGUAAAAGUGCACGAGAUGUCUUCAAGACAGGUUAUUACUAUGGCAAAGGUCUUUUUAAAUUAAACGUCAAGUCUAAGAAAACUGGUAUAUUCGAAAUGACCAGUGACUUGUUUAUAAAUGCCGAUACUUUGAAGUUGAACGGUCUCUUGGAAACUAAAUACAAUACUGAAAACUAUGGAAAUAUCGUGCAAAAAUGGACAUCCGACGGAACGGCUUUUUUAGGCUGUGAAAUGACUGGGAAACUUCUCGAUGGUCUUACCCUGUUAUCCGAGUUCUUUUACAAUCCGCAAACUACAUUUAAGGGCAUGAAACUCGACACGAAGUACAUCAACGAUAGGGUCAAUGGAAUUUGCACGUUAGCCAACGAAAACUUCGAUUCAAACUUAAAUGUUUACGGUGCAAUAGUCGUGAGGUUUAAAGAGCUCUUCGUGGGUUACCAAUGUGGUUAUAAAACAGCUACCAAAGAGCUUACGAAGAACGAUUUAGGAUUCGCUUUUGGAUACCGAGACUUAGCCUUCCAUUUGAGAUGCACUUUGAUACCACACGAGUUUGGUUGUUCUGUCUUGUAUAAAGUUAAUUCAGAUUGGGAUAUCGCAUUGAAUGGAAUAUCGGCGAAAAGCGGAAGAUUGCACAAAUGGAUGGUUGGGGUAGCAGCGAAAUACAAAUUAGACGAAGAUUCGAUUCUACGGUUCAAGAUGAACAACGCUAUGCAAUUGGGUACGAGCUUGCAACUGAAGUUGAACGAGAAUGCGACGGUCUCCUUUUCCUUUUGCUUCGAUUGUACGAAUAUUAACAGAGGAAAUCACAAAGUUGGCAUGGGAUACUACAUAGAAGCUUGAAGAUGAGAACAUUAUUCGAAAUAUUUGAGAUAUGAUUUCAUUUUUAUAGUCACGAUCAAUCGUCAUAACUUUUUGAUAAAACGAGUCCAACGAACUUUAGAAUUUUCGCAUCAUUUUUUGUCGCGCAAUAACAACGUAUUUAUUUGUAAUGAUACAAUAAUAUUUUGUUGUAAUUAAUAAAACACGAAUUGAACGCGUUUUCAAGCGACGUUGUCUACUAUGAGAAAUCAUUUGUUAAUAUCAAAAUUUAUUCGCUAUGAUGCUCAUGAUUAUUGUUAUAUUUUAGCUGUUUCUGCAUCGAUUAAUAAAGAACGAUAAUAUGA